GCGCUAAAGUGCGUCCUUAUCCCCGUCCCCUCCCCCUCUUUCGUAUGGACCCUCCCUGUCCCUUCUCUGUCACCUCACAGUAGUCUUUGCCGGUAGCGGGUGUGGAGGCGCGAGCAGCUCACGGCGGCCUCUUCCCCACCCCUCUGGCCGGGCCUGGGCUCGGGCCCCCUCCUCCCUCCGCUUCCCACCCCCGUCGGGUACGGGAAGGUCCAAGCCGCUGCCGGGUGCCCGAGGGCCGUCGUGGCCGCCGUCGCCACGGGUCCAAAUGGAGCCGCCGAAUCUCUAUCCGGUGAAGCUCUACGUGUACGACCUGUCCAAGGGCCUGGCCCGGCGGCUCAGCCCCAUCAUGCUGGGUGAGGGGGAAGGGGCCAGGCACACCUCCAUAGUUGUGCACAAGGAUGAGUUCUUCUUCGGCAGUGGUGGUAUCUCCAGCUGCCCCCCGGGAGGGACAUUGCUUGGGCCCCCAGACUCUGUGGUUGAUGUGGGGAGUACAGAAGUCACAGAAGAAAUCUUUCUGGAGUACCUGUCCUCCCUGGGGGAGUCCCUGUUCCGAGGUGAGGCCUACAACCUCUUCGAACACAACUGUAACACCUUCAGCAACGAAGUGGCACAGUUCCUGACUGGGCGGAAGAUUCCUUCUUACAUCACAGACCUGCCCUCUGAAGUUCUCUCCACGCCCUUUGGACAGGCACUUCGGCCCCUCCUGGACUCCAUUCAGAUCCAGCCUCCAGGAGGGAGCUCCGUGGGCAGACCCAAUGGCCAGAGCUAACAGGACUUCCUGGGACCGCCCUGCCUCACCAGGGCUUUUCCUUUUUAAACAAAACAAACCCUACCAGAUUUCUAUUUUAUAAUUUUACAUCAGAGCUAACAACCAAGGGACGGCUUUUUAAAUUUCCCAGGGAAGGAGAUUGUCAGGCCGCAUGUAGAUAAUGCUGCUAAAAAACAGAACAAAAUGCCACCCCUUCUAAUGGUAUUAUACUAAUUUAUUAAGGCCGUCUUGUCUCUGAGUUCACUUGUGACGCUGUUUCCUAAGCGUCCUCCACACUGGAGAAAGGGAGGGGCUUUGUUUAAACAGAAAGCAAGAGGCACGGUUUGGGGGAGCCCCAACCUAGAACUCUUCCCAGAGAACACUCACGCUCUACCCAAGUCGCCACCACUUGUGGGGCCCAGGUGAGUUUUAGAACAUCCAUGGCCUGGAAACAAUUACUCUAGCGUUAAAUGAACCAAAGGAUUUGGUGCACGUGGGACCAGUUUCAGGAUGACUAACCCAACCUAAGUGAACUCUUUAGCCACGACCCUCUUCACCUUCCCUUCCUUACCCCAAGCAAAGCCAGUGCUGGAGCAGCCGCUGCCUCAGGAUCAAGGAAGUAACAGCAAGUAUCAGACCGGAGAAAACAGGAUAAAGCCAUUCCUCCUUCCACCUAGAUGGAUUGCCAAUCCUCUGCCAUCAGUUUUGGGAAACCUGCCUCAGUGCCCCUGAGGCUGCUCUUCCUCAGCAUAGCUGAUGUGUCAUAGUUGAUCAGGUCUGGGCUGAAGCAGCAGAGACCCAGGCCUUUUUUCUGUAGUAAUGAUGUAGGUUAUUUGCAGUCUCUGCAACUACCACCCAGACCAGUAUGCAGAAUUCAGCUGGGGACCAGGAGAUAGGAUUCCCUGCUCUAGGAAAA